GGAUUUGAUUACAUAACCGACUUUUCCCGUGGUACAUUUUCUUUCGACUGCACCUGCGAACUUUGUCUACAACCUACCUCGUAACGCGCCCACAUCCACACCACUCGACGACGUCUACAAGUCCAUUUCAUCACGAUUCCCUACCGCAAGAAUUCGGACACUCGCUCGUGUCAACACACACACACAUACAGGUAGCAUCGCAAGAUGGCGCCUCUUAAUAUCAAUGUUUUUGUCACCACCUUCCCCGGCCUUGGCCUCCCUCCUACACUAUCAUUCGCCGUUCCUUCCAGCACGACCUUCUCCGAGUUGCGCCACCAUAUCGAUGGUCGCCUCCCACUGACGAAUACGCGCCUGAUUCUUACCACGUUAUCCAACCAACAGUCAAUCUUCAACACUAGAAACCCCAUCUCUGACCUUUGCGACGUCGGUGAUGCAUUCAUAUCCCUACGGCUGUCGGCGCCACUAUGCGGUGGCAAGGGUGGCUUCGGCUCCCAGCUCCGCGCAGCGGGCGGUCGGAUGUCAUCGAAGAAAAAGAAUAACCGAGGGGACGAGAACGGAUCUAGCAGAAAUCUCGACGGACGUCGAUUGAGAACGGUCAACGAAGCCAAGGCGUUGGCUGAGUACCUCGCCAUCAAGCCGGAGAUGGAACAGAAGGAAAAGGAGAAGCGACGGCAGCGAUGGCAGCAAAUCGUUGAAGCGGCUGACGAGAGGGAACACGAAAUCAAGAAUAGCACCAAGGGUCGAUUAGACGGGAAAUGGGUAGAGGAUAAGGAAGAAGCAGGAGAGAGGACGCGCGAGGCGGUCCUGGCUGCGAUCAAGGCAGGAAGCUACAAGGACAAUCUGCUCGGCACUUCUCACUCGUCGACCUCGACUUCAGGGGACGAUACGGAGGGUGGUGCAUCGACCGAAGAAGAUGACGGACCUGCAGACUCGAGCAGCUCUAAAGCUACUACCCCUCCGACGCACGCCGCCUCGAAGAAACCAUCCACGAGAGCCUUCGCUGGCUUUGAUGAGGAUGACGAGUUCAUGAGCUCCUCCGAUGAGGACGAUGACAGUAGUAAAUAAGGAAUUACCACCAUCUGACCCUGAUCGACAACAUCCGCAGGGUCGGUCGCUCCCGGGCUAGUUCCCAUAAGGAGACGCCACGUCGACCCUCA